GUGGGCGAAUCGAUCGACAACUCUUCAAGCUUUAAUGAAACUAAAGAAGGAACGCCAAAUUUAAGCACAGCUGAGAGAAACUCUAAGGUCGUUUUCUACUGCUGCUUGUUCCUUCUCGGCACUCUAGGAAAUGCUAUGGUCAUUGCAGUUUUAAAAGGAAAGCGCCGAAAACGAACCAUAAAUGAUUAUUUCAUUUUAAACUUGGCAGUAGCAGACUUAACUUUCUUGUGGCUUUCGGUUCCUUCCUAUACGUACGAGCUUUUUCUGCCGUUUAACAAGAAUUUAUUCUACUGCAAACUAAUUUGGCCACUGAUGUCACUCACUCUGUCUGUCAGUAUUUUCACUUUAUCUUCCAUGUCAAUCGAACGGUGUCGAGGGAUUACAAAUCCUUUGCAACCAAGAAUCAAGCUGCAAGCCACAUUAACUUGGAUUAUUCUUAUAUGGAUCUUCGCCUUCUCUAUUUUUGUUCCGUUAAUGAUUGUGGCGCGGCCGGAAGGUGUGUUCUGUGCCGAGAAUUGGCUGAAAAAUUACUUCCGUCAGGCCUACACUGCAGUUCUCUUCGCUCUUCAAUAUGGCAUCCCUUUGUUUGUAAUCGUCAUAGCCUACCAUAGAAUCGUUAUUUUUCUCAUCAGGUCUCGGUUGCCGAUGCUAACCACAAUCAACUCAAGGGGAGAGGUUAUCAGGCACAAAACAAGAAGCGAAAAUGUCCAGAUAAUCCGAACUCUGGCUGUUAUCGUAAUUUUGUUCAUGGUCUGCAUGCUUCCAAAUCAAAUCGCCUGGUUGCUGAUUGACUUUGGCGGUGACUCGUACCAGGAACUGUCAGACGCAUUUUGGACCUGUGCGGAAGCUUUACUGUUCUUACACUCAUGUAUAAACCCAAUCGUGUACGGCUCUCUUACUCGGCAGUUUCGUCGAGGAUACAUGAGAUUCUUCCGACACGUGUUCUGCUUCGGCAAAGCGAACGUCGAUUUCUCAACUGACGUUUCUGAAAACCAAACACGAGACAGACAUUUGCGUCCAAAACGAAAAGCUUCUGUACCUCAUGGCUCUCUAAAACUCAGUGAAACCAUAACGAUCGAUAACUGUCAGGAAACAAAACUGUAA